AUGGCUUCUUUGACCAACCUCGUGCUUUUUGGUCCCCAACAAGGGCGCUGGACUUAUCCCCGUCUCCAAACCCUGCAAUCUCACGUUCGAACCAAUCCAACUCUGCAUUUCCUGCGGGAUUGUGUGAGCCAACUGGAGGCUUUCCUAGCGACUACGCCGCUCGGCAGCACCAAGGUUACACAAAGCGUGGGGCCGCUGACGGCAUUCGCACAAGGAACAAGCGUUCCGCAACCAGACACACUCAGCAACGCUCAACUUGCCGUCUUGACGGUUGUGGCUCAGGCAGUAGAUUGGAUUCGCUAUGCUGCGGAUCGUGGCGACGUAGAUGUUGUUCAAGGCUUCUGCAUCGGGUUUCUGAGUGCUGCUGUCAUCUCCUCCACUCAAAACCGGAGCCGAAGCGAAUUUGAACUUUACAUUGCAAACGCUAUUCGACUAGCUGCUUGUCUUGGAUUGCUUGUCGAUGCCGAGAAUGCGGCUCAAUCUUCUUCAGACCGAGCUGCCGUCAUAUCCGUUCGCUGCAAUAAACUUUCUGAACGGACAGUUUUGGAUGCAGUACUAGAAUCAUGUCCACAAGCGUACACGUCAUGUAUCACUGAUGAUCGUGCUGUUACUGUCACACUACCACAUCACUACCUGGAGGAUUUGACACGACGUCUUGAGCGGGAAUCGAUAUCUGUCAAAGUUGUUGCUCUGAAUGGCUCUUAUCACCACUCGAAACACAUCGGCGUCGCUCAGCAGCUCAAGACACUCUGUGCUAGGACGCCGGACUUGCAACUACCUUCCACUGAGCUGCUAACUCUUCCUCUUCGAUCCACUGCAGAUACCGAAUUGGUCUCGAGCGGAGCUCUCCAUGACAUUGCAAUCGACUUGAUCUUGUGCAAGCGCGCCCACUGGUUCGAGACAGUCAAAAGAGCGAUGAGAGAUCUUCCCAACGAUGUAAAACUGAUUUCAAUGGGCCUAGAGUCUCACAUUCCGCGAUCACUCUCUGGAGUGAAGCCUGUGCCUCCGCAAACCCCCGAAAAGCAUACCAAUGAGGAAAUUGCUGUCAUUGGUAUGAGCUGCCGCUUUCCUCAAGCCGACACCCUCGAGGAAUUUUGGCAACUCAUCAGCUCUGGUGGAACAGCAUUCGGUACAUUGCCUCUGGAUCGUUUCGACCCAUCUGAUCUACGGAGAGAACCCAAGUUGCCAAUAUUCUGGGGCAAUUUUUUGCGACGCCCUGAUGUCUUCGAUCACCGUUUUUUUGGCAUCUCGGGCCGCGAAGCUAAAUCGAUGGAUCCGCAACAGAGGUUAGCCUUGCAGGUAGCCUACGAAGCCAUGGAGACGUCAGGAUACAAUAGUCUACCCAUCUCCGACCAAGAGAAAGAUGUAGGUUGUUACCUCGGUGUCGGUGCUGUCGAUUACGAAGGCAAUGUUGCGUCCGAAAAUGCGAACGCCUUUUCUGCAACCGGAACACUACGAGCUUUCAUCGCAGGUCGCAUCAGCCAUUUCUUUGGUUGGAGCGGCCCUUCAAUGACCUUUGAUACGGCGUGCUCAUCUUCUGCGGUGGCAAUUUCCACUGCGUGCAAGGCCCUUCUUGCAGGAGAUUGUGCGAUCGCAAUUGCUGGAGGUGUGAACGUUAUUACUAGCCCCAAUCUUCAUCAAAACCUGGCGGCGGCUUCUUUCCUCAACCCCAACGGAUCCUCCCGCGCUUUCGAUGCAUCUGCAGCUGGGUACUCUCGUGGCGAGGGAGCCGGCAUAAUCGUACUCAAACCCUUGUCUAAGGCCCUAGAUGCGGGCGACAACAUCCUUGCCGUCAUUGCCGGCUCUGCUGUGAAUCAGGGUUCAAAUCUCAGCUCCAUUACAGUUCCCGACUCUCAGUCACAGUGCGCUUUAUAUCGACGUGCUCUUUCCACGGCUCGCAUCGAACCGAACAACGUGCACUAUGUCGAGGCCCAUGGAACAGGAACUCAAGUCGGUGACCCUAUUGAAUACGAAAGCACCAUACCCAAGCAAGCCAAUUUCGCGACUCUUAAUCCCCGGAUCAAGGCAUCAGAUAGAAUUCAAGUCCCUGAGGUAACGCGAGAGUGGAGAUCAUCGCAGCCGGUGGCUUUGCUCAACAAUUACGGCGCUUCUGGGAACAAUGCUGCUAUUGUACUCCGUGCCUUCGAACAAUCACUUCCCCGCAACGCCGAACCACGCUUCAUAUUGAGACGUCACGUCUCCGUCGAGGAUCUGGCUUCUGCUCUUAUGCGACAUCAGAAUCCGUCAUUUGAGUAUCGAGCAGCUGUAUCGACUGGCACAGCUCGAGACUUGGUCUCUGAUCUGGAUAGUGUGGGUCACAAAAAUGAUGCUGUUGCUACACGUGCAGUACCACGUUCAAUCAUACUGGUAUUCGGUGGCCAGACUGGACGCACAGUGGUUUUUUCGAAAGAACUGUACGAAGCGAGUUCAAUACUUCGCCUUCAUUUGGUAUCUUAUGCUAAGACCUGGCUCGAUUGUGGUGUGAAAGUGGACUCGUUGAUUGGGCAUAGUUUCGGCCAGAUCUCGGCGCUAUGUGUUGCCAACUCCAUUACUCUAAAGGACGCUUUUCGCCUCAUCGCUGGGCGCGCUCGACUAGUUCGUGACAAUUGGGGUUUGGACUGUGGUGCUAUGCUCUCGAUUGAGUGCAACCGAGCGGAUGCAGAAGGCCUGGUAGAUCGCGCUAAAGCACAGGAUGGCUGUCGCAUAAACGUCGCCUGCUACAAUGGUCCUCGUAGCUUCGUCCUGGCUGGAGAUACACACUCUAUCAACUGGGUAGAGGAAGAGUGCAAGAUGUUCCGCACUGCUCGCUUAUUCAAUACGCACGCAUACCAUUCCUACAUGGCUGAUAGCAUUCUCGACGACUACAAGAAUGUCGCUGCAAGCAUUACCAUUCGUCCACCUCAAAUUCGCAUCGAGACUUGCUCUCAAGGCAUGAGCUGGAAUUCCUUUACGGCAUCAGAGAUUGUUGCACAUACGCGACAGCCGGUGUAUUUCUCAGAAGCUGUUCAGAGGGUGGCGGAUCGUCUUCCGACUGCCAUAUGGCUCGAAGCCGGAUCUGGAACCCCAAUAAUUUCCAUGACUAGACGCAUUCUAGCUCAAUCUGAAAAGGCGCACAGAUUUCUUGCCACAGAUCUGGGGAAAACCGAUGCUACAGCGAACUUGGCAAACACAUGUUGCGAGCUUUGGAUGGCCGGAUGCAAGUUCAGGAUUCCAUUUUGGCCUGCUCAUGAUCAAAGAAACAGCGAGCUCAUUGAUCUUCCGCCUUAUCAAUUCGAGCAGACGCAACACUGGAUCCAGUACAGGCACAACUUACGCGAUGCCACAACGCACCUCAUACAACCGUCAGAUCCCCCAACUUCGAAUCUUGUGACCAUAUCCGGUGAUGGUGGUAAAGAUGGAGAGUAUUCGUUCACUGUAAACACUUCAAACUCCGUUUUUAAAUUGGCGACAAGCGGUCAUGCUGUGGCUGGUCAGAGUCUCUGCCCUGCUUCCAUGUACAUCGAGCUGGCAACCCAGAGCGCACUGUUACUUCUGAAUUCACAAUCGGAAGUCAACAUCCUUCCACAUAUCGAAAAUUUAGUCAUGUCUGCGCCUUUGGGACUGGGAGUCAAGCUCUUCAUCAACCUAUCAGAAGAGACAUCUGCCUCGUGGAGAUUUUCUAUCUGCAGCGAGACAAUGUCCAAGAGAACGGAGCAUGGCAGAGGUACGAUUAGCCUGCCUAGCGUCGGGGACAUCAUAGUUGAAACGCGCUUGAAACUUCUUCAGAAAAUGGUUUCUAGCUCAAGUAUGGACCGUAUUUUCAGGUCGUCAACUGCGACCAGUAUUCGUGGGAAUAUCGUGUACCAGCUAUUCUCCCAGAUCGUAGACUACGCCGCCUACUACCGAGGGGUCAGAUCAGUGAGUGCUCUUGGUAAUGAAGCAGUCGGCUUGAUAGAUCUUUCCGAUCAUGCAAACCGAUUCGAUUGGAAAUCCACUGUCAGCAAACCCAUCGAACUCGACAAUUUCCUCCAGGUAGCCGGAAUCCACGUGAAUUGCCUCUCGCCUCGUCAAAACAGCGAAGUCUUCAUGUGUACUGCUGUCGAUGAAGUAAUCUUAGCGCCAUCGUUUGCAGCCACAACGACAGAUACCCAGGGCUGGAAGGUAUAUACGUGCUACGAGACCGGUCAGCACGGAACACUCGUAAACAACAUCUUCGUUUUUGAUGCAACCGACACGCUGAUGGCGGCCAUCUUAGGAGCCACAUUCCGAAGUGUGUCUUUCAAUUCUCUAGCCCGCACACUUACUCGGCUGAAUCAGCUGGAUGGUGCAAUACCCAUCGUGCAUAAACAAGCGACGGAAUCUUCCACGUUUUCUGGCUACCACUCCCAGAUAUCCACUCCGUCUCCAAGACCACACCAAGGCUCCAUGCAAAGCGAUAAUCUCACGGUGGUCCAACAGCCAUGGGAUAUUCUCCAUCAACUACGGGCUCUGUUGAGUGACAUCAUCGAAGUCCCCGUCGAUAACAUCCAACCCUCCUCAAGUCUCGACGAUCUCGGUAUCGACUCUUUGUUGAUUACUGAGGUGGUAUGGGAGAUCCAACAACGAUUGAAGAUUCGAGUCACUCAGGAGGAGAUCUUGAGCUGUAACAACGUACUGUCUCUGUCUCGUGUGCUGGAACCCCAUGCAAAGUCAGAAAUCGCAAGUCCAUCUAUAGCCACUGAAGCUCUUGAUAACGCCGCCAUGCCACAGGAGAGUGUCGAGGUCGUAACAGAAGGCUCAGGCGACUUUGCACACGUGGUUCAGGAAUGUUUCUCUGCUGUUAAAUAUUCUUACGAUGCGCACGCACAGACCACAGGGCUGUCAGCAUUCUAUACAGGGCCGUUUUUGAUGCAAUCACAGCUUGUCAUUCAAUAUGUCCUCGAUGCUUUCGCAGCACUAGGAUGCGACCUCAAAGGCCUUAACGUCGGGCAAGAUAUUCCCAUAAUCUCACAUGUUGACACACAGCGGAAGCUAAUCCCCCAAUUGUACAAAAUCCUCGAAGAUGCCAGGUUGAUUGCCAAGAAUGAAGAGGGGGCAUAUCAGCGCACGAGAUCACCAUUGACGUCCAUUCCAGCUUCGACUUGGUACAACGAUCUACUGAGCCAAUACCCUCAGCACACAUCGGAGACUAAGCUACUACAUAAGACCGGGAGCAGACUGGCAGACUGCUUGUCCGGUGCUGCCGACCCCAUAUCCCUGAUUUUUCGAGACUCAUCAGCUCGAGGACUGUUGGAGGACGUCUACACAAACGCGCCGAUGUUCAAAGCAGGUACACUACUAUUAGCGGAGUAUCUUUCCAGUAUCAUCAAACGCCUGGACAGCGGUCGCCAGCUCAAUAUCUUAGAACUAGGAGCCGGUACAGGAGGCACAACGAAAGCAAUCAUCUCUGAACUUGCCAACGCUGGCUGCAGUCCUAAUCUCACCUACACUUUCAGCGAUCUUUCGUCGUCGAUGGUAGCAUCGGCACGCCGCAAGUUUGCCAAGUGGAAAUUCAUGCGCUACGACGUUUUGGAUAUCGAGCAGACGCCGACUCAGCAGCUUCUAGGCCAUUACGAUAUUGUUCUUUCCACGAACUGCAUACACGCAACUAAGAACCUGUCUAAGUCUACAGAACACAUCCGACAAAUGCUUAAGCCUGAUGGAAUACUUUGUCUGGUGGAGCUCACGAGAAACCUGUUCUGGUUUGAUCUAGUCUUCGGCUUAUUGAGCGGGUGGUGGCUUUUCAAUGAUGGGCGAAGCCAUGUACUGGCCGAUGAAAGACUGUGGGAGACAAACUUGCGCAAGGCUGCCUUUAAGUGGAUAGACUGGAGUGAAGGUGCUUCAAGAGAGUCAGCUCUCCUGCGUGUCAUAACGGCAUCUCCUUUCGACCACGUGGUCGCUCCGGUUCAAAAAGAGACAUUAGUCUUCAAAAAGGUGGACGGCUUGGAGCUUGAGGCGGAUCUUUAUUAUCCUGCCAAGAUGGCCCACUCUUCCAAGCCCCUUCCUGUAGUGACCUUGACUGAAGGGCCUAUGGCCGAUGUGGCAGAUGCAUUGAACUGGGUACAAAAGGUGCUUCCGAAUAUUCGACUCCGCCGGGGCGAUAUUGAAGUCGACGGCAGCCGUGUCAUAAGCGUUGGCUGGUCUACCGGUGGAACCCUAGCUCUUUCGCUGGGAUGGACCAGCAUAGAUCGAGGCAUAAAUCCACCGAAAGCCAUUCUUGUCUUCUAUUGUCCUCUGGAUUACGAAGAUGAUUUCUGGUUACAGCCAAAUAUUCCCAUCGGAUCGAAAAGCGCCACGUCUUAUGAGUUAGACGGGAGCGUCUGGACUGCUGUGAGCGAUAGGGCGAUGACGCGAUGGAAUGUUCCACCCUCGAAACGAGCCCUGGGAGGAUGGAUGGCACCCACAGACGCACGCAGCAGGCUGGCACUUUACAUGAAUUGGCAUGGUCGUACAUUACAUGUUCUUCUUCGCGGCCUCGACGUUCGCACUAAAAAGGAACCACAGGCUCCGACGGCUGAGGAGAUUCAGGCCGUCAGUCCGUUGGCCCAAGUCCGCCACGGGAAUUACUGUACCCCAACAUUCAUUGUGCAUCCAAGAAAUGAUGAUCUGAUUCCCUGGGAACAGGCGCAACGGAUGCAUGACGCUCUUCGAAACAAGGGCAUUGAGAGUCACUUACAAGUUGUGGAUGGAGUUCCUCACCUUUUCGACAUGUACAGUGAGCAUCGGAAACGAUCGGAUACGCAGAAGGUAAUUUGUCAAGGCUAUGAGUUCUUGCUUUCACAUGUAGCAUGA